CAGCAAAACCCUUGACGACCGACCACACACCAUCAUAUUAAACCUCUCUCUUCACCCCCACCCUCCUCCUCCUCCUUCUUCUUCUGUUGACCACUCCUCCCGCAGAGAUCUACUAGGAGAGAAAACUACAUAAAACAUUAGAGAGAACCCUAACUAACGAGAUGGCCUACGGAGCGGGAAUACCACCCGGAUCCAAUCGACCUAGAACGGCAGCAUCGACCAUCAGAAGACCGACAACAGCAGUCUCGAGGAAUACUAACAACCAAUUGGAUGAUGAUCUGUAUAGAGACGAAGAGUGGGACGACGGAAUGACCGAAGGAGAUCAAGAUGAUCGACGAGAGAGCGAAGAUGAUGACGAGAAUGACGAUGGCAGAAGGAGAGACUCAGGUCGGAUCGAGGAGGAGGAGGAGGAAGAGGAGGAUGAGGACGAGGGAAUGUUCUCAUUCGCACCUCCACCCGAAAACUCAAUCACCAAUCCACUCCCGCCAAUCCAAUCACCACCCUCAAUCUAUCAACCAUAUCAGCCUCAACAAUCCCAACAACAACAACAACAACAACAACUUCACCAUCAACAUCAACAACAACAACAGCUACCUCAUCUCCACCAUCAGCCUAACUCACAAUCUUUCAUUCAAAACUCACAAUCCUACUCAGCCUCCAACUCAGCCCCCUCCAAUCAUCCCUAUCCACCCACCCAACAGCCAACCUCGAUCACCCCUGCUGCAGCAAUCAUUGCCCAGUAUCAUCAGAACCCAGAAACCAGACUACGCAAACUGACCAAUGGAACCCCUCCUAGCAGCCUCAACCCACGCGCAUUCAGCUCAGCCAUCCCACUCAAGACGGCUAACUCUGUCGAUGAGGCUCCAGUCAUCGAACUCCGCACCGGGUUCACUGCCGCCUCCCGUCGCGCUGCUGCAGUUCAGGAUGGCGAUCGGGAUUCGGUCAAGUCUGGCUCCUCUCAUAGCCUCCAUAAGUUGGAUUACUACCACUCCCAAUCUCAGCCUAAUAGCGCCUAUCGUCCCGAUAAGCAGUUCAACUCCUCGAUCAUCAACCCCGAUGAUCCUAAUAGCUUCGGACUCUCCUCACUAGGGAUGAAAGAAUUGGAUCGUGGCUCGAUGGGCGAAGUCAAACUCUACUCGGACACUCAGUCACAUCUCUCUCAAGGACUGGAUGGCUAUAACAUGGAAGACUUUGAGAUGGAUGAAGAAGACUCGCCCUACCCAGAAGUCCGGGCCUCGGUCUCCAACAUCGACGACCCAGAGAUGCCCUGUCUGACUUUCCGAGCAUGGAUGCUUGGUCUAUUCUUUGUCGUCAUCUGUGGCGCCUUGAAUAUGUUCUUCCAACUCCGCUACCCGGCCCCGUUCAUCACUCCGGUCAUCGUCCAAAUCAUCUCCUACCCCUCCGGUAAGUUAUGUGCGACGAUCCUACCGGAUAGGGUCUACCGUCUUCCAGGUGGCGAAGGGCUCAAACGCUCCGGCCUCAAGGGGUUCCUCGAUCGGAUUUGGCCCCGUUGGCUCGGUGCCGGCGCUGAAUGGUCUCUUAACCCGGGUCCCUUUAACAUCAAGGAACAUACCGUCAUCGCCAUCAUGGCCAAUGCCGCCGUCGGUCCAGUCUAUGCCGUCAACAUGACCCUCGUCAUGGAGAAAUACUACCAAAGGCCACCAGGACCUGGCUUUGACAUCUGCAUCGCCCUCGCCACUCAACUCCUCGGUUUCGCCCUCGCUGGAGUGACUCGAAGGUUCCUCAUCUGGCCCGCUUCAAUGAUCUGGCCCUCCAACCUCGUUGUCUGUACUCUCUUGAAUACCUUCCAUGCCGAGGAUGAUGACGGCUCAGAUGGAAGCUUGACUAGGUUCAGAUUCUUUAUGUAUGUCGCAGUCGGCUCGUUUGUUUGGUAUUGGAUUCCUGGGUAUUUGUUUACGGCACUUUCGACCUUUUCUUGGGUGUGUUGGCUAGCACCACGUAAUCGACUAUUAAAUCAAAUGUUUGGGACGGUCAAUGGGCUUGGCUUGAGUCUCUUGACCUUCGAUUGGUCUCAGAUCGCUUACAUUGGCUCGCCCUUGGUCGUUCCUUGGUGGGCUGAGGUCAACGUGAUCAUCGGCUUUAUCUUCUUCUUCUACAUCCUUGGACCGGUCCUGUAUUAUACCAAUACUUGGUCUCAAGCGUAUCUCCCACUCGGAGGGGCAGGAGUGUACGACCGAUACGGUCAGCCAUACAACACCACACGGGUAGUCGACCUCAAGACGGGCACGUUGAAUCUCACGGCCUACCGAGAAUACUCGCCCCUAUUUCUGCCAACGACCUUCACCGCGGUGUAUUCAAUCGCCUUUGCCCUUGCCACCUCGGCCAUCGUCCAUACUGCACUCUACCAUGGUCAUUCAAUCUGGGAUAAAAUCAAAAACAUCAAGACGGAGGAUGAGGAUGUACACGCUAAAUUGAUGCGUAACUAUCCUGAAGUUCCUGACUGGUGGUAUUGGAGCUACUUCAUCGUCUUUGCUGCGUUUAGCAUGAUCAUCAUUGAAGUUUUUGAUACCGGGUUGCCUAUCUGGGGUCUACUGUUGGCCUUGUUCAUCGCUCUAGCUUAUGUCUUACCAGGUGGAUUCAUCUUUGCGAUGACCAGUCAACAGAUCUCGAUCAACCUAGUAGCCGAGAUCAUUCCGGGCUAUUUGUUACCAGGAAAACCGUUCAGCAACAUGUUAUUCAAAACGUUUAGUGUCCAAUCGCUCUUAGUCGGUCUAGCCUUCAUCCAAGACUUGAAGCUGGGACAUUACAUGAAGAUCCCGCCAAGAGUCACGUUUGCCGUCCAGAUCGUCGCCGCUAUCUUAUCCGCCUUCGUCCAGAUCGGCGUCAAGAAAUUCCUCGUCGCUACCGUCCCUGAUCUUUGUGAUAAACAUCAGGCUAAUCUUCUCACUUGUCCUAAUACUUCUGUCUUUUAUUCCGCCUCUGUUUUAUGGGGACUGUUAGGACCACAUCGACAAUUUGGGGAAGGAACGAUCUACCGACCGAUUGUCUAUUUCACAUUAAUAGGGGCGGUGUUACCGAUACCGUUUUAUUUGAUGACGAAGCGGUUUCCGAACAGUUGGUUGAAGUAUGCGAACCUGCCGGUCUUGUUAUUAGGUGCAUGUUGGAUCCCCCCCGCGACGCCGAUCAACUACACGUCGUGGAUCCUUGUCGGCUUUAUCUUCCAAUACGUCCUGCGUAGGAUGAAGUUUAGAUGGUGGUCUAAGUACAACUUCGUCCUCUCCGCGGGCUUGGACGUCGGCACCGUCAUCGGCGCUAUCGUUAUCUUCUUCACCCUUCAACUGCCCAGAGGCGGACAACUUGGGACCCUCAAUUGGUGGGGCAACACCGUCUAUCUUGAGACUGAUGAUUUCCAAGGUACUCCGUAUCUUGAUCCUCCAGCUGAAGGAUUCGGUCCUACCACAUGGUAGCCCUCCUUGUCCUGUUUGAUAAUACUCUCUUAAUGUUUCUUUGUUGUUUGUUUGCAAAAUAAAGUCCCUUCCCUUUUUUUUUCCUUCCAAAAAACUCUCCCCAUUGGUUUCAUUUUUCAGUGUCUCAUCCAUCUUCUCUUCUUCUUCAUUGUAUCACUCCAUUCUUUUCUUCCAUCCUUUUUGUUCCACAUCUUUCUUUUAUAUUCUUUCCUUUUCUUUCCUUCUGAAUGACUUUCUUUCUUUCCUUCUUUUUUUUUUCUUUUCUUCCCAGUCAUUUCUCACAUGUCUGCCCCCCCCCCCUUUCUCCUCAUGAACCACACCCUCCUUUCCUCAUUUUGUCUCAUAUAAUCCUACACUCCAUGUUGCUCUUCUUCCCCGAUGAUUUUUUGAACUUUCUUUGGGUCUAUUUAUUUCCGUAUAAUACUUACAUAUAUAUGUGUGUGUGCACACACACACACAGGUGACAGAAUACACAUAUACGAGAUACAUUUAUAUGUGUAUGUAUGUAACCUGUCUAGAAAACAUGUAUGUGUAUGGUUAUAUAUUCACAUGUAUAUAUUUUGUAUGUGGAUGUACAUAUAUCGUUAUUCUCUCUUUUCUUUUCCUUUUCUUUAUGGCUCAAUUGGCGGAAAAAUCUACUGUAGAUUUCUUUCUUUCCUCUCUCUCCCUCUCUCUCUUCCUUCCGUUUUUUUUUUCUUUUCUUCACAAAGCUGAAAUAUAAAUAAUGAUCAGACAGAUUAAAAUCCAAAUUACAAUCAGGUGGCUGGAAUAUGAUAGGAUGUUAG